UUCCAGGAAGGUUAUGCAUGCAUUUGAAGAUUAUGAUGACAGUUUGCCUAAUCCAGAUACUUUUUUGCACUCGUUACCACCAUAUAACUACGCAGAUUUCUUUCAAGAAUAUCCCGAAAUGUGUGUUAUCAUAACAGCAUUUUGUGCUAUUGCAAUUUCGAUGUAUUUCUGGGGAUUGUUCCGGGUACGGCGGGACGAACUUGAUAGCAUACUACUUAAUGGUCGGUUCUGCUCUUCAGUUCUAAGCAAGGUUCAGCAGAGAAUUACAGACAAAAACACAGAUGCAGCGGAGAAACCUUUAUGUUGCGCCGAAUCCUUCAAGUCUAGAACAUGCAAUAAUUCCCAUAACGACGAACCGAAUGAAAUAGUUGCCUCGCUUAACGAAUUAUAUGGAAAAUUAGCAACAGCGAAGUUACGAGCCAAAACUAAGAAAAUGGAAAAAACUAUGACUGAGGAAGAACGAAGAGAGGAACGAUUAAUACAGCAAAAACAACUGGAGUCGAUAUGCGAAAUGAUCAUGCAAGAGCCAGAAAAGUUUGGUUUGCAUGAUAAAUCAGAAAUCACGGAGCAAAUGAAAUUAUAUUCAGUUUGAACAGUGAUCGUCUGGUCUGUUGGCUUUCCGUUUUCGAGAUGGCUUCUUGAUGAGAAAUCUGAUUCUUUGAUUCUUUUAUCUCUCUCUUUUCGUUCUAUUCGAGGUUUUUUUUAUUCCUAUUUCUCAUUUUUUUCUUCUGUUUUUCUUGAAUUCAAACCCCAAACUUUUCACUAGAC